UCAGAACAUGCUCAAAUUCAUUUGAUGGGCUUCUUCCUCCUCUCUGCCAUUGACAUAUUGCGCGUGAAUUUGCAGAAGCCGAUAAAUUCCCUCUUUCCUCUUCCCCCCCAAAUUCGAGCAAUUCCGUUAAAACCAGCAAAAAGCUACCCUUUUUCCACCCACAUUGAUUGCAUUCUCUCUCCCCACCUUCUUCUUUCCGUCGCGGCGUCUCUGAUUCUUCGGUCGCCGAUCCGUACUUGUUCCUGCCGGAACUUGGUCAUAUAAUCUCGAUGUCGGGAAUGAUAUGAUGGAGUUUCUAGCUCGAUAUGCGUACUGCCAGUGAUAGAGGCCGAAUCGGAGUGAGCCAUUGCUUUACGCCUAGCAUGCAGUGAUAAUGAGGGUUCUGUUUGUUGCCCAUUUUGAUGAAACCAUGGAGUAUUUAUAGUUGAUUGAAGAUGGUGCAUGGAGAUGAAUGGGAAUUGCCUGAGAUUCAAUGACAGGUAGCACUACUGGUAAUGUAUUAACCGUUCGAAAUGAGUAGAUCCCCGUCUUUCUCUGUGAAGUCAGAGCUUAGUCCGACGCUCGACCCGGAGUCCCUGCAGCAGUGGGUUGUGGCCUUUUGCGUUAUAAGGUUUGAUCUCGAGCAAGGUCAGCUCAUCGAGGAAUGUUACCCUCCCCGUACCUUGACGCAGGAUGAGGAGCUCGAAAUUGCUUACAGUUCGUUCCCUGAUUCCGUUUCCCAGCACCACAAUCGCUCGAGCAUUCACGAUUGCAUGUUCUUUUUCCGGUUCCGAAGGCGGCAGAAGUCUAAGCCUAGCAAUGGAUCUUCCUCUGAAAUAAGUGAAGCUGGUAAUGAGGCAGGAUCUCCAAAGCCCCCUUUGAACAAUAACGUGUCCAACAGACAGGGUAGAAGUAGCAAUGAUGAUUCGAGGUAUAUAUAUGGGUUUGUGUUUAAUAGACAAAGACAUGACGAGAGGCUGAAGAGAGGAGGGGAACAGAAAUCUGUUGUGAUAUUAUCUCACAGCCCUUACUCAAGUGUCUUUAGACCUUUGUUGCAAAUAAUGGGUCCUUUGUAUUUUGACAUCGGGAAGAAAGCUCUGGAGCACAUCGCAGCUUAUGUUUCGAUGUGGCCUUCUCCUGCACCUGGUACGCUUAUGGAGCUUCCUAUAGGAAAUGCAGCGCUCAAAGUGAAUUUGCCUCCGGCACAUUCUUUGCCCUUAGAAAGUGGGAUGUUACUUGAAGAGUCUGCAUCUUCAAUGGCUCCUUUGCUUCCAACAAAUCAAUCGGUUCCGCAGGGUCUAUUUCAUGAUUCAGAUAUUUUUGGUAUAUUUAGGGGGAUUCUGCUGCAGCUUUGGGUACUGUGGGAGUUGUUACUCAUUGGAGAGCCCAUUCUAAUCAUAGCACCAACCCCUCCCCAGUGUUGUGAGGCUGUUGCCAGUCUUGUUAGUUUGGUUGCGCCGCUCCUCUUUAGUGUUGAUUUCAGGCCAUACUUUACCAUCCAUGACCCAGAGUUUGCCCAUUUAAACAGUAUUCAGGAGGGACACGCUUUUCCUCCUAUGAUUCUGGGGGUAACAAAUAUCUUUUUCCUGAAAUCUCUUCGUAACAUUCCACAUAUUGUAUCAGUAGGAAGUCCUAGUCCCAAUUCAAAUCGCCUUCCCUUCUCAAGUAGGUCAACUGGUAGAAUUCCUGGGAGGGCAGAAGGAUUUGGUCUUCAGCAGCCACUUUCUCUGAAGAAGUUUUCUCCCUCCAAUUUGUUGAAUGCUGUGAAACUGAGGAGAGAAGGCCCUCUUUGUCUGAUGACAGAGCAUAAGGAAGCUAUAUGGACCACAUACACUGCUAUAACAAAACCAGACACUUCUAUUUUGAAUAGGCUUAUAGAUGCAGGGAUGUCACCAAGGGUUGAAGAGUCGAUGUCGGUUGUCAAUAAUGAGAUAUUACGUCGGCAUUUUUUGGAGCUUACUACCAAUUUUUUAGCUCCUUUUGGUCCAUAUUUCCGAACUACCACGCCAUCUGAAGGAACUUCUCCUUUUGUCGAUCCUCCCCCUCUCCCUCCAUUCAGCGUUGAUGAGUUUCUGAGGAACUUGUCUGCCAGAGGGCCAGGGAAGUUUUUGUCAAAGAGGAUGAAAUCUAAUUGGCUAGACCUGUACAGGCGCUUUUUGAAAGGACCCAACUUUAUGCCAUGGUUUCAGAGGAGGCGUAUGGUAGCUGAACAAGAACAGCAGAGGAUCUGGAAGCAAGCAAGGAUGAAGACUGAGAUACAGGAAUUCAUCUCUGAAAUGUCUGAGGUGGAAGUUGUUGAUUCUUUCACUGCUAUCGAGAAACAUCUUCGAGGAGAAAUUCAGCUGCAGGAAUCUGGUAAGGGAAUUGAUGACUCUGCAGCAACUUGCAGUAAACUGAGGGGAGACUUGCAAGCGAUCUUCGAUAUUCUUCCUAAAGACAUGCAGGAGCUUCUGGUCAUGAAUCCACAAACAGCAGCUCUUCUCGACUUCUCCAGCUGAAAGAAGUUUGCAAGUUUGGGUUGGUGUUAGUAAGAGAAGGGUUAUAUCAUUCUGCGCAGGACCUCAGUAUUUUGGAGGCACUUCAUAGGAUAUUAUCAUUUAGGACAUUCUUUGAUGAAACUGGAUUCAUCUUGAGAGGAAACGUGUUUCAUUUUCUAGGUGAGAGUCGGAAGAAUAGAGAAAUGGUUCCUAGAAGCGUGAUUGAGUCCGUCUCGGUCUUUAACAAGGACGGAUGAGGACCCAUGUUGUACUUCCUAUUGGGAGCUAACCCACGUUUAGAAUUUGAAACGAAGAUAGUGAAAUUGUGUUUAAUUCUGUAUUAUAUUGGAAAAUUCUUCGUUUCUGCUUCUACA